GUGAGCAAUGUAUUGGAGAAAAAGGUCAAACAAAAAUUUUAAAUUAUUAAUUUUCUCCAUACUAUUAUACACGUGAUGGAUCCUCUCACAUUUGUGUUGAUGAUUCAUAUUCAAACAAGAGAAGCAAAGUAGAGUAGCUGUGAUCAUUGAAGGAGUUUCACAAUGGUAAAGAAAGAAGAAUUUCUGAGAGAAAACGGUUUUGAGAAAGAAGGACUAGAAGAAGUCUCACGCAGUGACUUCCCUUCUGAUUUCGUCUUCGGAGUCGCCACUUCUGCUUAUCAGAUAGAAGGUGCUAGCAAGGAGGGUGGUAGAGGUCCUAGUAUAUGGGAUGCCUAUGCUUAUACUGAAGGAAAAAUACUCGACAAAAGCAAUGGCGAUGUAGCAGUUGAUCAUUAUCAUCGUUACAAGGAAGAUAUUGAUCUUAUAGCCAAGUUGGGUUUCAGCGCUUACAGAUUUUCAAUUUCUUGGUCUCGUAUUUUCCCAGAUGGCUUAGGAACCAAUGUCAAUGAUGAAGGGAUAACAUUUUACAACAACAUUAUCAAUGCUCUUCUUGAAAAAGGUAUUCAACCUUUUGUAACUUUGUACCAUUGGGAUCUUCCACUGCAUCUUGAAGAGUCAAUGGGAGGUUGGUUGAACAAAAAAAUCAUAGAAUAUUUUGCAGUCUAUGCAGAUACUUGCUUUGCAAGUUUUGGCGAUAGAGUGAAAAACUGGAUUACUAUUAACGAGCCCCUUCAAACCGCAGUUGGUGGGUAUGAUGCUGGAGUUAAUGCUCCUGGAAGAUGUGAAAAUAGAUCAGUAGAACCAUACUUGGCAGCACAUCAUCAAAUCUUAGCCCAUGCAGCAGCUGUUUCCAUUUACCGAAGCAAGUACAAGGAUAAGCAAGGGGGACAAGUGGGGUUGGUGGUAGACAGUGAAUGGGCAGAGCCUAACUCUGAUAAGAUUGAAGAUAAAUCUGCUGCUGCAAGACAUCUAGAUUUUCAUCUUGGCUGGUUCUUGCAUCCACUAUAUUAUGGAGACUAUCCUGAAGUUAUGCGUGAACGACUUGGAGAUCAGCUUCCGAAAUUCUCAGAGGAGGAUAAAAAAUUUCUUUUGAACUCUUUGGACUUUAUUGGUCUAAAUCACUAUACAACAAGGUUAAUUUCACAUGUGACAGAAAGCACCGAAGAAUGCCAUUACGACAAGGCACAACAGCUGGACAGAAUUGUUGAGUGGGAAGGUGGGGACCUCAUUGGUGAGAAGGCAGCAUCAGAGUGGCUAUAUGCUGUUCCUUGGGGUCUUCGGAAGAUUAUUAAUUACAUAUCGCAAAAAUAUGCUACUCCAAUAUAUGUCACAGAGAACGGUAUGGAUGAUGAAGACAAUGAUAGCUUGUCACUAAAUGAGAUGCUAGAUGACAAAAUGCGAGUUCGCUAUUAUAAGGGAUACCUUGCAUCAGUUGCGCAGGCUAUAAAGGAUGGAGCUGAUGUGAGAGGACACUUUGCAUGGUCAUUACUGGAUAACUUCGAAUGGGCUCAAGGUUAUACCAAACGUUUCGGAUUGGUCUAUGUAGAUUACAAAAAUGGACUCACCAGGCACCCAAAGUCUUCUGCAUAUUGGUUUUCGCGGUUUCUUAAAGAUGGGGCAAACAAGAAGGGUAAAGAACAAUAGUUCACUUUCACCAUUAUGUGUCUUACCCAAUACAACAAGAAAAUAAUGCAAGACCAAAAACUAGAGUGGAUUUCUCGAGUUAUUUAUGACUGCAUCAACUCUUAUGUUUCGUAUGCCUGUAAAACUCUUUAUAUUUGUCUUAGCUUUUACUCUGCUUCUAUUUUAACCAAGCAAUUGAGUUCAAGUGGUUAAUGAGCUUCACCGAGGACGAAUCGUUUGGGAGAACCUGAGUUCGAUUCCUAUGUAGAACAAUUCUUGGCCAGACUAUCCUUACCUCAUGGCCGAACUCUAGAUCACCAGGACCCCAAUUUCCCCUAGGAACCGGACGGUUAAUGCCAAAAGUAAUAAUAAAAACAUGCUUCUAUAUUCUUUUUGAA